AGCCAGAGCUCUUCAUGCAACCCACUUGGUCCUCCCAGGCCAGCAGGUUGGGAAGAACUGCAUAUGGGGCAUCGGGGGCAGAGGAUGAGGGGGUCUAGGCAAACAUUCCUUAAUAUAUUCUGCAUCCUCUGGCUCCCACUUCUGCUGAAGGCUGCCUCUUCCUCCCCUCUGCCCCAUGGAAAUGAUUCACUGCCCCCUGCGCUCCCCUCCGGGCUGUACAAAGGACACACCUGUGUAGGGUGCGUGCUUGUGGUCUCUGUAAUUGAACAGCUUGCACAGUGGCACAACAGUACAGUAAAGGCAGCCAUGGAGAGGCUGUGCAACUACAUACCUGAAAAACUGCAAGGUGUCUGCUAUGUACUUGCUGAACUUUACGGACCAUAUAUAGCUGAACUCAUAGACAGGGAAAUGAAUGCCGAUGUGGUCUGCCAUUCCUUGAAGCUGUGUAAACAGGAUCCAGGACAACCACUUUGUCAUCUUUACCCUCCUCCAAAGGUGGGGCUGAGUACUGCAAUAAGGAAGGCAAAAAGGAUUAUGAAGACUGCCAAGGAUCUGAAGAUCUUCAUGGGAUUCCCAAGUGUAUGUUCAUUUCCUCUUCUGGCUGGCCUGUGUGAGAAGAUUAAAUAUGUCAUAAGAAAUAAACUGCCUUUUGAAGAUUUUGAUGGAGAUAAAUUUAGUACUUUCCCGACGUUGAGGGGCUAUCACUGGCGAGGCAGAGACUGCAACGACAAAAACACCACCGUGUACCCUGGCAGACGUCCUGUUAACUGGGAUGCAAAAAGUGACUCUAACUGCAAUGGCAUAUGGGGUGUGGAUCCAAAAGAUGGAAUUCCCUAUGAGGAGAAAUUCUGCAAAGGUGCAGAUUCACAGGGGGUUGUUCUGUUGGGAGACUCGGCUGGCGCUCACUUCCACAUCCCUCCUGAGUGGAUGACCGUCACACAGAUGUCAGCGAAAUCAUUUGCUAAUCUCCCAAUGGCUUUCACCGAUGAGCUUGACUGGCCCCAGUUCUCGGAGAUCACUGGGUUUUUGAACUCCACCAUCGGAGGCUGGACAGACUCUCUGUAUCUACGUUUACGCAGGAGAAAUCGCUGUAAUCACAGAGACUUGCAGAACAUUUCUCAAAAUGGUGGUUCUUCAGGAAACCUCCUCUAUUUAAUAAAAAGCUUGGCCAGAAACCAGCUGUUGGACAAUCCAGCCAUAGUUAUCUACGCUACGAUUGGGAAUGAUGUCUGCAAUGGGUACCGUGACACGCUGGCUCACAUGACUACACCUCAAGAAAUGUUCUCCAACGUGCUGCAAGCUCUGAGAUACCUGGACUCCCGUCUUCCAAAUGGCAGCCAUGUGAUUUUAACGGGCUUGGUAGAUGGCCGCUUCCUCUGGGAUAACCUGCAUGACAGAUACCAUCCUCUAGGGCAGCUGAACAGGGAUGUCACAUACAGUCAGCUUUAUUCUUUCCUCGACUGCCUCCAGGUGAGCCCCUGCAGUGGCUGGCUGACCCAAAACGAGACCCUCAGGAACUUGACCUCGGAGAGAGCUUUACAACUUUCCAACGUCCUGAAAGAAAUAGCGAGAUCUGAGAAAUUUGCCAACUUUGAUAUUUUCUAUAUGGAUUUCCCACUGAGACAAACGGCAGAGGAGUGGCGCAAGAUGGGAGGCAAGCCCUGGCAGCUGAUCGAACCCGUUGAUGGCUUCCACCCCAGCCAGAUUGCUGCAGCCCUUGGAACAAGCAUUACCUGGCAGAAGGCUCUACAUGAAUGGCCUCAAGUGCUUGGAAAGGAGAAUCCAUUCAAUGACCAGAUUGAAGCCAUAUUCAAAGAUCAAGGUGGACACUAACUUCCAAACUGCUGGAGCCCUGACAUGGUUUACAGUCAUGCUUCCCAGUGCAUUCCACAAAACAAUUAAAGACACACAUACAAAGAAGAGGGAGGGCAAGUUAUCAGAGCCAGUAGUGGUGGACAUGACACAACAGCAUUAUUUCCAGUUUGUAUCUCACCUCCACAAGUAGACUAUGCUUUUUCUGCAGAGCUACAAAAAUAAAAUGCAAAAGAUACCUGCCAGCUAGACCAUUCUUUUGGUACUGGUUUGCAAAUCUGUAUGUCUUUUUUUGUAGCAAACUCCUAGCCCUACCUCAUUUUAUUUUUGUCUGCAGAGCAGUAAUUCUGGCUUUUCUGUUUAUACUGGUUUAAUGGUGACUCUGAUCCCAAAAGAGGGGAGGGAAGCCCCAAACUCAUUAUGUUGCUGUAAAUUGUGUAUGUAAUUGCCCUGACAGUCAAUACAUUAUUUAACUGCUAUUUGCUUAUUAAAAUGUGCCAGAAAUAACGAGGCACUAGAAUUUUUAUUUGCCUGGCAGCAUUAGUGCAGGCUGACUGCUUCUCUUCGCCCCCAUGAACAAGAUAGUAACUUGACAACGCUUCAUGUAUUUAAAACAAGCUGCUUUUUCAAGCUUUAUACAUCUUUGCUCUUUUGCUUCCCAACAAACGUGAUAUUCCCAGACCUGUACCUUUUAUAGGCAUGACCCAGGGAACCACUGAAGAAACUAGGAACCCCUUACUGCUUGUGGAGAACAGCUCUCUGCUCUAUUUCAUAUGCAGAGUUGAGAAUUAAUAGUAGGGUUUUUUUACCAGUUAUCUGCUGCUCUUUGCAAAACAAAAGACCUAUGUAAAUAAAUAUAUAGUGUGUAUAUAUAUAAUUAGGGACAGCUCUACCCUACUCACAGCCCCACGGGUCAGAUCAGACAGCAAAAAAUGUCACUAAUUACACAUGGAAAAAAUCUGGUAGAUAGAAUGUGUUAACAUGACAUGUGUAAGAUACAUCCAAAUUAGCCAAAGCUCAGGUAGACUUGCUCUGCUCUUCAGUCUGAAUGUGUCCCAUGUGUAAGGCUGCAUCACCUGUGACCCAGCUCUUAGGCUGUGGUCCAGACUCAAGGAGAUGACCUGGCCCUGUAUGGACCUCAGUUCACUGGCCAUGGCUGCAGGAGAUGCAUCUGCUCUGUAAUUUGAACAGGCAGAGGAUGACCCUGUUAAUGCUAUUUUAACUAAAACACAUUAUUUUGUUAGAUCUUUUUUUUCUUAAAAGUACAGUCAGUGCUGCAUCUUUAAGAAAGAAGUUCCUUGGGGAUAACUGCUAGUAUUUAAGAAAAUGUUCAAGUUGUCUACGUUAGAAAACCAAAAGGGAAUAAAUUCCUUAAUUGAAUGAUACUUACUAAUAAGGCCCCAGCUAAUUCAAGGCAUUUAGAUGUUACCAAAAUAUCCAGUCUCCCAAGGAACUGCACAGAAUCAUGUCCUAGGAAGACUCUUUAGUAUUAAAAAUCGUAGAUCUACCAGCAUCCUGUACAAAUUCUCUCCACCAAACAGCACAACAUUUGAUGGACGUUGGCCAGGUAGAACAUCUUCUAUUUUUAUUACCUGUUUAGGUUUCCUAACUUCCAUUAAAAACAACACAAGGACAGAAGCAAGUGCAUCCAUGGGGUUUUACUACAGACCAAGUACAUCAUAGGCAAUAAUUAUAGAAUAUAAAAUAAUUUCCUCUACACUAAAAUACAGAAAUGUAGCAAUUAAAAGAGGGAACAGUGUGUGUUUAAGAAGCCAACUUUUCAGGCAAUCUCAUUGCAAAUUAUUGUCUUUCUUUUGAGGCUGGAGUUUAAUAAUAGGAGUUUUACAAGCUAGUAAAACUGAAAUUUCCCCAGCUAAAAUAAGCUUUAUUGCUCAGAGCAAAGCAUUUUCCACUUACAGACUUUCCUAUUAGUGAACAUCUUGAGUUUAUGAACAAUGGGAAGAAAAAAAAAAGCUUUCUUAGAAAAUUAGAACAGCAUCUUCUCAAAGACAACCUGAAACCCCUGCAGACAAAUCCCAAAGUGAAGCUCUCAGGUUUUCCCAGUGCAAUUGCUCCAUGCUUGAUAUGGAGCCUUUGAGGGACUUGAUGAAAAGGGCUUGCCACUCACUGGCUGAUGGAGCACUAACCAAACCAGACAUCCUCAUGCCUUACAGGCAAACUCUGCAGUUGAGUUAGAAGUAGGCUGUAUACAGAAACUUGAUUUUUAAUUAAUGCAGUAGCUAUUUGCAAAUCAAGAUGAAUUUGGGGCCUAUUAACCAUCUGUUUUUACAGCCACUGUCUCUCCAUUUUUUUCAAAGAAUGCUAAAACCAGCUAAAGAUCUGCACCCCCAAACCAUCAAUCACUUAGCAGUGCCACUCUAAAAAUAAAGGUUCUAUAUUUAAGCAAAUGCUUCUGAAAAAGCUACUUAUUCUAAAGUAGCAAUGAACUAUGCAUCCUAGUCUAUUCCAUUAGUUUAAUGUCUCCUGGUGCUUAGAUCAGUUGAAAGUGACAAAUGCAUGGGGAAGAGAAAAACAAAGAGAAAAGUGUUUCUUGGAAAGUUAAGUAUGCUUCCAUGAAGUUCAAGCUUCAUAGCACUACAGAUUUCUAGAAGGAAUGGUCCAUCUAGGUCUUUUUUGGAGGACAGUUACAGCAUGUGAAUACAGGAGGGAUUAUGUCACUGACUAGUUCCAACAUACCACAAACAAGCAAGGGUUUUCUGAUGCUAUUCUGUUUAUAAACUGUUUUUACAAAACUUUAAGCUUUGUUUGAAAUCAGACAGUAGAAACUAUUUUUGAGGUAUAAAACCUCCACAGCUACCUGAAGCUAUGUCAAUUCACGCAAUCUGGCCCCUUCAAAAAGGAUCCACUACAACCAUAAAAAAAAACAGGUUUGCCAACAUUUUGGAAAAUUUUUCCACAGCUCACCCUUAAAAGCAGGGAAAUGUGGGGAGAGGAGGUACAGAGCAGGGCAAGUUAGUCAAGCAGUAAAUGCAGGCUUGCUGCUCAGCUGGCUGCAGUAGUGGACAUCCCUUGUGUCUAGAAAUCACCAUCCACCCCAGCUUUUCUGACUUGAAUCCACUGUUACACUUUAUACCUUUCCUUGAUGUGGAUAAUUUUUCAUCUCAGGCAAUUAAUGAGCAGAUUGGUUUCUACAAUGGAUAACUCACUUAAGCUAAAUAAAAAUCUGUCAUUCCACUAGAUAUAUCCAGUUUGAUUCUUAACACUUUUCUAUGGACUCAUUUCGUAAUUUUAUGUUUAAUGAUUUUUUUUUUAACAUCCACAUGGAAGUUUAAGUAGACAGCCUACUGUGGAUCCAGAUGAAAUUUGAUCUCCCACUAUCCACGUGCAUUGCUACUCUGCUGCCACAUUCCUAUCACAAGAUAAAGGAACUGUCUCUCCUCUCCAUACUUGAUAGCCUGCUGGUCUCUAGGAGCCUCUGCAUUUAUACAUCCCAAGUAACUGCCCAUGCACAAUCUAGUCUCCCACUAAAGAAUAUGGUGCCUGCUCCUUCUGAGUUACCACAUUAUCUUCCCAAAUCAAGCGUUAUUUUGGGAUACACAUGCUGAAUAAAAAGCUCUCAAACUUUG